GUAUUUUCAGUCAGUGUGCGUUUAAAGAUCGUUGAAAGUCAACGCUUUUGAAAUACAGUGCUCUCAAUAUCUACAUAUAUUUUUUGUUAAAAUCGAAGUUAUAUGCAUAUAGAGAUAUUCUAAAUAUUGGGUUGUAACAAAAAUGAACUCCAUAAGGAAUGUUGCUGUUCUACUUGCAUUAACUUGGGGUGUUUUCGGUGCAGUUUCUGCUGAAGAGGGUUAUGGAGCUUGUCAAACGCCUAAUGGUGCAACCGGUGAAUGUAUGUUAAUACAAAAAUGCCCAGAACUAUAUAACAAGGCCCUUAAUCCCAAUUUACAAGAAGCAGAAGUACUAUUUUUAAGGCAGAGUAAAUGUGGUACACUUGGCAAACAUGUUCUGGUUUGCUGCACCCAGGCUACAGUAACUGUCCGUGUGGGAAAUGUGAAAGUACCACCAGAAGAUGAUUGCGAUACCCCGAAUAGCAAAAAAGGCCGCUGCAUUUCGAUCCAUGAAUGUGAUUCCUUAUUAGAGCUGGUCAAAGAAGAUUUAACGGCAAAUGAUAGAAAUUACCUCACCAAAAGCGUGUGUGAUCAACGCAAUCAAAAGGUGUGCUGUCCUGACCCACCGAAGGGUAGUCGAGGAGAAUUGCCUUUGCCCCCUAAUUGUGGUAAAAUUCCUUUAACAGGACGCAUUUUUGGUGGAACCGCGACUGAUAUUGAUGAAUUUCCAUGGACAGCUUUGCUUAAAUACUCUAAAGCGAACGGCGGUGAAGGUCUUCAUUGUGGUGCUACUCUCAUUAAUGAUCGCUAUGUUGUAACGGCAGGACAUUGUGUUAGUAAACGUGUACUCCCUGCAAGUUGGCGGCUAAGUGGAGUCCGUUUGGGUGAAUGGAAUAUAGGUACACAAAAGGAUUGCCAAUUUGAUAGCAAGGGCAAUGAACUCUGUGCGGAUCCACAUAUCGAUUUAGGUAUUGAGGAAGAAAUAUGCCAUCCACUGUACAAUAUUAGAACCCAAACACAUGAUAUAGCCUUGCUGCGUCUCCAAGAGAAAGUCAAUUACAGUACUUACGUUAGUCCAAUUUGCUUGCCGAUUAGCACAAGCUCUUCAACAAGUAAUUAUGAGGGCAUAACUAUGGACAUAGCUGGUUGGGGAGCAACGGAAACAUCCAAUAGUAGCCAAAAGAAAUUAAAAGCAUUGGUAAAAGGUGAAAACCUAGAAAGAUGCAAAGCCAAAUACCGCACAUACACUAGAAUCGAGUUAGGCACAACUCAAAUGUGUGCUGGCGGUGAGAAAGGUGUCGACACAUGCCGCGGAGACUCUGGUGGACCAUUAAUGUUUGCCCAAUCAAUUAAUGGUAGAGAAUCAUACUUUCAGGUUGGUGUUGUUUCAUUUGGUCCGACACCUUGUGGACAAGAAGGUUUUCCUGGUGUUUACACUCGUGUAGACGCUUUUGUUAGCUGGAUACAAAACACCAUCAGAAAAUAACAUGUUUCAUCAAUUUUAUAUAAUAGUCUUAAUAUGUGCGUAUUUUUUCUAUAAACAAAUCUCUGAAGUUUUAAAA